UUGUUUUCGCGCAUGUAUUAACGUCCCAGCAGCAGCAGUCUCGUCGAUUUUUCCUCCCUUUGCACAAUUCACUCGUGAUCUGGUGUAAAGCUAUCGAAUUUUUCGUGAAAAUCUGUGAAAAUGGCUUCUAUUAGUUUACUAAACCCGAAGGCCGAAUUUGCCCGUGCCGCUCAAGCACUAGCAGUCAACAUCGGAGCCGCGAAAGGUAUUCAGGAUGUCAUGAAAACUAAUCUGGGUCCGAAGGGAACGAUGAAAAUGUUGGUAUCCGGUGCCGGCGAUAUCAAAAUUACAAAGGACGGUAACGUCCUGCUACACGAGAUGCAGAUUCAGCAUCCGACGGCUUCUUUGAUUGCCCGAGCCAGUACAGCGCAGGACGACAUGACUGGCGAUGGAACCACAUCGACGGUGUUGAUCAUUGGUGAACUACUGAAGCAGGCUGACAUGUACAUUGCCGAUGGAUUGCAUCCGCGUAUCUUGGCCGAAGGGUUCGAUCAAGCUCGUCAACAGGCUCUGCAGAUCCUGGAUGAGAUGUCCUGCCCGAUUGAGGUGAACAAAGAGUGUUUGCUGAACAUUGCCCGCACCUCGCUGAGAACUAAGGUUCACCCACAGUUGGCGGAUCUGUUGACAGAGGUUUGCGUCGAUGCCAUGUUGGCCAUCCGAACGGAGGGAAAACCGAUUGAUUUACACAUGGUCGAGCUUAUGGAGAUGCAGCACAAAUCAGCAACCGAUACUCAGCUGAUAAAGGGAAUCGUUAUGGAUCACGGCUCCCGUCACCCGGAUAUGCCGAAACGACUUGAGAAUGCGUACAUUCUUACCUGCAAUGUGUCGAUGGAGUACGAGAAGAGUGAGGUAAAUUCAGGGUUCUUUUACAAAACCGCUGAGGAACGCGAGAAGUUUGUCUUGGCCGAGCGGGAAUUUAUUGAGGAACGCGUCAAGAAAGUGAUCGAGUUGAAGCGGAAGGUGUGCGAGGGUACCGAUAAAACGUUCGUUGUCAUCAACCAAAAGGGUAUUGACCCUAUGUCCCUGGAUAUGCUGGCCAAGGAGGGAAUCAUGGCUUUACGUCGUGCCAAACGUCGUAAUAUGGAGCGUCUAGCUUUGGCAUGUGGCGGGUUGGCCCUGAAUUCCUUUGACAAUAUGGACGAGUCUAGUCUUGGAUAUGCCGGACUGGUUUACGAACAUGUGCUCGGUGAGAACAAGUACACAUUUGUGGAGGAUUGCAAAAAUCCUCAGUCGGUAACUAUUCUGAUGAAGGGUCCAAACAAGUACACUCUAACACAAAUUAAAGAUGCCGUUCGCGAUGGUCUCCGCUCGAUUAACAAUGCCAUCGAGGACCGAAAACUGGUACCGGGAGCGGGUGCGUUCGAAGUGCGCGCUCACAAUAAAUUGAAGGAACACGCAAAGGAUGUUAAGGGAAAGACACGUCUAGCGAUCCAAGCGUAUGCAGAUGCUUUGCUGGUCAUUCCCAAGGUGCUGGCCGUCAACAGCGGUUACGAUGCACAAGAUACCAUCGUUCGUCUACAGGAGGAGAGUCGUUUAAGUGGAGAUCCAAUUGGGUUGGAUUUGUCCACGGGAGAACCGAUGAAACCGGUGGAUUUAGGUGUUUUUGAUAACUACAUAGUGAAGAAGCAGAUUCUUAAUUCUUGCACCGUCAUAGCCAGUAAUCUGCUGCUGGUGGAUGAGAUCAUGCGUGCCGGUAUGAGCAGCCUCAAGGGAUAAUUUCGCUAACUUCUAGUACUGCGUAUUACUGUAACUUAUAUCGUUUUCUGUUCACCUAACUCAGCUAAUUUAAGGCACUUGGCACGUUUGAUCAAAAGCUAAUCUUUAUAUCGUUUAUGUCCGAAUCAUCUAAUAGGCGCAACCAAUAAAGCUUUCACACAUUACUAGCUUUGA